CAGAGAUGCUGCCACUCCUCAUCAGCAGCUCCACUGGAUUGUGAUCUCAUCAUGUUGAUCUACUGUAACCUGGCUGUACUGAUGCUGGUGCUGACCUUUCAAAGUCAAGUUCAUGCAGGAAAAGUGAUAGGAGGCCACGAGGCUGAGGCACACAGCAGGCCAUACAUGGUGCUUUUGAAGAGGACGGUUCAGAAUGGGCAAACAAAAUACUGUGGCGGAUUCCUUAUUAAUGAAGAUUUUGUGAUGACUGCAGCCCACUGCCAGGCCAAAUCCUAUGAAGUUUUUCUUGGGUUACACAAAUACAGUGAAAACCAUCAUUUACGUCUGCAUGUGAAGCAGGCUUUUCCACAUGAGUACUACAAUGAAACUGAUUACACAAAUGACAUAAUGCUGCUCAAGUUGUCCUCCAAGGCAAAGUGGAGCAAAAAAGUGAAACCUAUUGUUCUGGCAGAGAAGCAAGGUAACUCACUGCCAAAUUUGUGCACAGUCUGCGGUUGGGGACCGAUAUCUAGGGAGGCCAGUCAUUUGUCUUCUACACUCAUGGAAGCCAGAGUCACACUUAUCAAUAAUGAGUUGUGUAUCAAAGAAAAUGUGUACUGCUCUGAAGGAGAGAAGGGACCGAGUGAGGGAGACUCUGGAGGUCCGUUAGUCUGUCAAGAUGGAACGGCUUAUGGAGUGGUGUCUGCAAGCAUAGCAACUGAUGGUUCUACUCUGUAUAAGUACACAAAGAUACCCGACAGCAAUGACUGGAUGAAGUAUAUUAUUAAAAACAACUGAAACAGCUUCUAAGCUACAUGUCACAUUAAUCUACCCAUUUAACAUUGUUUAAAGAUUUAGUUUUGUAUUUUAUACUGACUAGCUUUUUUUAACUGCAGGCUCUGACCUUUAAAUGCUAAAGGAACACAGAUAAAAUUGUAUAUUAAAAAUGUAAUGGUUUUGCUUUUUGUUACUAAUAAGUAAAAAAAAAUAUAACAUAAAGUUCAGUUAAAAGAAAUCCAUGACCAUGAGAACUGUGACCUGGGCUUAUAAAUGAAUAUCACAUUGAAAAAAAUCAGCUUGUCUCACUACCUCUUUUUCCCAGUCUGUAGUGUUAGAAUCUUGCAUGAAACAUUCACACAUUUUGCCAAUGGAAAGCAGAUUCUUCUUCAUUCUGAAUCUAAAAUAAUGUAUUUCAUUACUUUUCCUCCUCUGUCUUUAAAAAACUUGUUGGAAUAAUGCUUGAGAAUAUUUCGAAUUGCAGCAAAGUAGGUUAGAGAUUCUAAAAAAAAACAGUGUGAGUUAGACCAUUAUGAUAAAUCCACAGUCUCUAGUGAAUAAAUUCAGAAAUAUCUCUUCCAAAAUCUUUUACGUUUACCUUUUUAAUUACCAAUUUAUUGAUACACCUAUUGAAGAAUGUAAAACAUCCUAGUAGUGUGUGUCUGUAUAUAUAUAUAUAUAUAUAUUUAUAUAUACUACUGUGCGCAA